AUGAGUCAAACAAAUUCGGAGAAUAAAUUUGAUAUUCUCAUUAUUGGUGGUGGCCUAUCUGGCCUGACCUCUGCCUUGAGAAUUCAUCAAAGGGAUCCCAGUCUACACGUAGCAUUGAUGGAAGCCACUAAUGUUAUUGGUGGCCAGUUACGUUUCAAUCAUUUGGGAGAGUUGGGCGCCAAAUGGAUAACGGAGGAUCAAUAUCAUAUUUAUACUCUUCUGAAAGAUUUGAAUGUUUCUAUCCGGAGAAGAAAUAUUGAACAGUCUCAAUCGCUAAAAAGAUAUUGGCAACUCGAUGGAGGAAUAUUUGCCGCAUUAGCCAAAUAUGAACUGAAACGUUAUAUCGAUGAAUUGGAAUUGAUGUUGGAAUAUCGCGCAGGGGAAUUGAAGAGAUUCCAAAGCACCUCAAUGCACUCCCACAUAUGUAGAUGUUUAUUUUUUCGAAUGUGCCGCAAGUUUAUGUUGAACUUGGUUCUCUUGAUAAGUGGUUGUGAGGCCUGCGAUAUCGUUGUUAAUGAUUUUAUCAAUGUUUGUAGGACAAGUGGUGGCAUUGGCAGAUUAAUUAACCUAUUCAUUGAAAUACCAAAUGGUUUAUUGGAAUUUUCCACUCAGGAGCUAAUAACCAAAAUGCUGGAGCACAUGGAAUAUGUUCAUAUCAUUUAUGGACACAAAGUAUCGGAAAUAUUUCAAUAUCGCGAGCAUGUGGAAGUCCUUGAUUCCCAGAAUUUAAAAUAUACUGCCCAGGCCAUUAUUCUUGCAAUUCCCUGGCAACAAAUACAAGAAAUACAAUUCCAUCCCCCACUGCCGCUGGAGCUGCAACGGGCUCCACGCAAUGAGAAUAAAACAAAAUAUGUUCUAACCAGUUUCUUGGCCAGCUAUAGAGAAGCAUAUUGGCAGAAGUCUGGUUACACGGGACAAUAUUUGUGGUUGGAACCUUUUUUGAUGGCCCAUCAAUAUCACAACAAUACCAUCUAUGGCCAUUAUCUCCACGAAGAAGGUAUUGAACCUUUGGUGAAAUCAUUGAUAUUACAUAAAUUGGCAGAGGCCUUUGGUGAGGAAAUGCUGCUACCUUUGGUAUAUUCCCAGCAUACAUUCGAACUUCCGGCGCUGGAUCAUGCACCUCGGACUACACCCUGGAAUCGUGUUAUUUGGUCAUCAUCGGCUUCGGCUGGGACUUGUUAUCGUGGCCUACUGGGGGGUGCCGUGCAAAGUGGUUAUCGUGCCGCCAUGAAUGCCCUUUUGAUUUGUCGUCCUCAAUUGGUAACAUGGCAAGAUAUUUCUGAAAUACAGUGUUCGUUAAAUUUACCUCUAAGAAAGCGAACUUUUCUCAAACGUUGGCUAAGUAGUUGGAAUCUAUAUAGUAUCGCAACUAAUGUAGUUUUCGUAAGUGGAUUUAUUUUAGUUUUAAGAUGUUGUUACAAAAAACAUUAAA